UCCGGGAGCCAUCGGCAAGCGGCAAGUUGCUUUAUAAUAUGACACUAGAAUUGCAACCAGCUCCAAUACUGCCUCGGUCGCCUCAUUGCCCCGCUUGAACCGUCGUACAGAUUUUCUCUUGGUUAUAAGAGAGCUUUGGUCGCCCGGUGCUCAACAGUACAGCUUUACAAACCCUUUACCGCUCGUCUCUCGCGUCAAUUCACUCUCACCGAUUCUCCAAUUCAACAUCACCGUAACCUCUUUACCCGCCCACAAUUCAUCCAAUUGACAUCAUGGCCAACAAGGCGCUGGUUUUCAAGGAGAUCCCUCAGGGAUACCCCGUCCCCGGCCAGCACUUGGCCGUCGAGGCCGCCACCUAUGACGCUAAUGUUGCCGCUCCCGCCGACGGUGUCGUUAUCCAGUCCCUCUACACCAGCUUCGACCCCUACAUGCGCGGCCGCAUGCGCCCCGCCGAGGUCAAGUCUUACGCCCCUGCUUUCGACUUGAACAAGCCCAUCGAAAGUGCUAGCAUUGCCAAGGUCAUCCGCUCCAACACCGAUGCCUACAAGGAGGGUGACCUCGUCAUUGGCCAUGUCCCCGUCCAGGAGUACGUCUCCCUUGAUGCCCAAAAUCUUGUGCGCAUUCGCAAGCUGGAGAACCCUCUGGGAAUUGAGGACAUCCGUGUCUUCCUCGGUGCUCUUGGCAUGCCCGGUCUGACCGCAUACUCCUCCCUGUACGCGAUCGGUAAGCCCAAGAAGGGCGAGACCAUCUUCGUCUCCGCUGCCAGCGGUGCCGUCGGCCAGAUCGUCGGCCAGCUCGCCAAGCACGAAGGUCUGCGCGUUAUUGGCUCCGUCGGCUCCGACGAGAAGCUCGACUUCAUCCUCAAUGAGCUCGGCUUCGACGGCGGCUUCAACUAUAAGAACGAGAAGCCUGCCGAUGCGCUGGCCCGUCUUGCUCCCGAGGGUAUUGACAUCUACUACGAGAACGUCGGCGGUGAGCACCUCGAGGCUGCUCUGGACGCGUUGAAGAACUUUGGCCGUGUGGUCGUCUGCGGCCUGAUCUCGCAGUACAACUCCGCUCCCUACCCUAUCAAGAACAUUCACAACGUUCUCGUCAAGCGUAUCACGAUGCGUGGCUUCAUCGUUGGUGACGCCGAUAUGGGCCCCAUCUACACCAAGGAGCACCAGGAGCGUGUGCAGAAGUGGAUUAAGGAUGGUUCGUUCAAGGUUCUCAUCCACGAGACUGAGGGCAUUGACAACGCGGCCGAGGGUCUAGUCGGUAUUUUUCACGGCAAGAACAAGGGCAAGGCCGUUCUGAAGUUCUAGGAGACUGGAGUCCUAUAUACCACCCUUUCGUUUUUUCUUUCCUCUCCAUGGAUAAGGGAGGAUGGAAAGACGAAAAUAAAUUGAAAUGAUGAGAUGCCCGCCACGAAUACCUUGCAAUUAAGUUCAUUCGGGAAGGCCUCGGUUAUCGAGAUCGGGGAAUGCAAUGAGAGGUAGAUAGCUAUUGGCAUAAUUUGAAUAAUUGCAUCAAAAUAACCAGCCCAUCAAAAGUACAUAUAAACACCAAAAAUCAAAGACUGAAGAG